AUGCAAUCAUUCGCAAUCGAUCGUCUCAUCGGACUGACUCCAACGCCGAAAGCUCAACUAUCACCGUUUCACCAAAAAGCAACUGAUUCGAAUUGUGCCAUUAACUUGUCUCGUCACAAUGAGAUCACUCCACCAAUGCUUGCUCUGAGUCAAUCACUCGCAUCUUCCCCCGAACAUCCACCAUCAACCACUUCUCGACACCACAUUUGUGAUGAUAACUCGCUUCGACGCUAUCGGACAGCAUUCAGCCGAGAGCAGAUCACACGAUUAGAGCGAGAAUUCGCAAAAGAAAACUACGUUUCGAGAAAAACGCGUGGCGAACUCGCAUCCGAGCUGAAUCUACCCGAAGGAACCAUCAAGGUGUGGUUCCAAAAUCGCCGAAUGAAGGAUAAACGACAAAAGCUUCAACUGGGUGGUCUUGGAUGGCCAUUUUUGCCGGCUCCACUUGCUCUCAUGUUCAAUCCAUUGGCUACCCAGGCACAUUAUGAUGCGUGGCACAAAGCCACUAUAGCCAAUUAUCCGGUACCCAAGAUGGACUCUUCUUUUCCAUUCAUGUCGCCUAAUGCCCAAUCUGAGCAAGCAAGCACACCGACCCAAACAACUCUACGCGAUUCACCGGACUCUUGUGAUGGACUUUUUGAGGAUGAAGAAAUGCAAAAGUAUCAUACAAAUCAAGAUGUUAUGCCUCAAGAGAAUAAAUGCUCGGUCGAGGGAGAAAACAAUGAGGACACUCCACAAAAAUUCAAGAAAGAAAAUAAGCAAACCUCA